AUGCAUGCCCGAGUGAUCAAAUCACUGGAUUACAGAGAUGGGUUUAUCGGUGAUCAAUUAGUUUCGUGUUAUCUUAACAUGGGGUCCACCCAAGAUGCACAGAAGCUGUUUGAUGAAAUGGACCACAAGGAUUCUGUCUCUUGGAACUCUUUGGUUUCUGGGUUUUCUAAAAGAGGAGACCUUGGUAAUUGUCUGAGUGUGUUUUCUACAAUGAUGUCUGAACUGACAUUGGAAGUGAAUGAGCUUACAAUCAUAUCUGUUAUCUCGGCUUGUGCUUCUGCUAAAGCACGGGAUGAGGGCUGGUAUCUUCAUUGUUGUUCACUGAAAUUGGGUAUGGAGUUGGAGGUGAAGGUUGUUAAUGCUCUUAUUAACAUGUAUGGGAAGUUUGGCUGCAUUGGCUCUGCUUUCAAGCUGUUUUGGGCAAUGCCGGAGCAGAAUAUGGUGUCAUGGAAUUCAAUGGUGGCUGUUUGGACACAAAAUGGAAUCCCUAACGAAGCUGUUAAUUAUUUUAAUAUGAUGAGGGUAAACGGACUUUUUCCCGAUGAAGCCACCAUGGUGAGCUUGCUUCAAGCCUGUGAAAUUUUACCUUUGGCAAGAUUGGUUGAGGCCAUGCAUGGUGUAAUCUUCACCUGUGGUCUUAAUGAAAAUGUAACAAUUGCGACUACCCUUUUGAACUUGUAUUCAAAGUUAGGGAGAUUGAGUGUUUCUCGUAAGGUCUUUGCAGAGAUAAGUAAGCCUGAUAAAGUGGCAUUGACUGCAAUGAUUGCAGGGUAUGCCAUGCAUGGGCUGGGGAAAAAUGCAAUAGAAUUCUUUGAAAGGUCUGUAAGGCAAGGUGUGGAGCCUGAUCAUGUUACUUUUACUCAUUUGUUAAGUGCUUGUAGUCAUUCAGGGCUUGUCGUGGAAGGAAAGUACUAUUUCAAAAUCAUGUCCGUGGUUUACAAAGUUCAACCCCAAUUGGAUCACUAUUCAUGUAUGGUUGAUCUUCUUGGCCGCUGUGGGUUACUCGAUGAAGCUCAUCAGCUGAUAAAGAACAUGCCAUUAGAGCCAAAUUCUGGAGUUUGGGGUGCCCUUCUUGGUGCAUGUAGGGUUUAUCGUAACAUCAAUAUUGGGAAGGAAGCUGCAGAGAAUUUGAUUGCAUUGAAUCCUUCAGACGCUAGAAACUAUAUCAUGCUUUCCAACAUUUAUUCUGCUGCAGGUCUGUGGAGUGCUGCAUCAAAAGUGAGGGCUUUAAUGAAGACUAAAGUUCUAACCAGAAGCCCAGGAUGCAGCUUUAUUGAGCAUGGGAAUAAAAUCCACCGUUUUUUGGUAGACGAUUAUUCUCACCCUGAUUCAGACAAAAUACACAAGAAGCUGGAAGAGACAAUGAGAAAAAUUCAAGAAGUUGGUUUUGUGUCUGAGACUGAAUCCAUUCUACAUGAUGUUGAUGAAGAGGUGAAAACAGACAUGAUUAACAAGCACAGUGAGAAGAUAGCACUAGCAUAUGGACUUUUGGUUAGUAAUGCUGAUAAACCAUUAGUUAUAGUAAAAAAUCUCAGAAUAUGCCGAGAUUGCCAUAACACUGCAAAAUUUGUCUCACUGGUAGAGAAGCGUACUAUCAUUAUCCGAGAUUCAAAGCGAUUUCACCACUUUUCUGAUGGAUUAUGCUCUUGUAGCGAUUAUUGGUAG